UCAGUAGCCAUCGGAGUAUGACAAGCAGCUAACAUUUUCCAAUGUCUGCACGUUAUCUAUGCGGUGGAGAAUAAAUUCGAUAUCAAGAUACGACAUUUAAGAAUUAACUGAAAAGAUGCUUUUUAAUACUUUCAUGGCGGUCAUAGUUUUCAUCAAUCUUCUUGUCAGUUCCGAUUGUAGGUACAACAAUACAAGUAGAGAACUCGAGAGAGCUCCAUUCUCGCCUAAAACAACACCAAGUACUACCAUAAAAGGAGUCCCGACGACUAAGACAAUUACAACAGAUGAAGAAGUACCCAAUGAAAUUCCUUGGAAUAACGUACAAUGUAUAAAAGCAUCAAAGAAAUCGGGUCGCGUUGAACUAAGGAGUCCAUCGUUGAUAUUUUUAAGAAUGUCUCAUAACAUCAUUGUUUACGAUGGAUGUAAUACGGAGUCGAUAAUUCAUGAUGAGUACUGCAAUGGAUACCUACGAUGGAGAUCGCGAGCCUCAAACUCUAUAAAAAUUGUUUUUCGCCAUAACAAAUGGCUAAAAGGCUUGAUAACUUGCGGUAUUUUAUCGGAAAAAGAUUGGGUCAAAGUUUGCCAUGAGUACAAAGAAUAUCAUGAUCCCUAUGAAGAGCAUCACCCAAGGACAGAAAACAAGAAACAUAAGCCCAUUAGAGUUCCUACCACAAUGCCUACCACAAUGCCUACCACAAUGCCUACGAUAAAAACAGAGGAAACAUUCUCAAAGAAGCAAUCUGGAAGCUUUUCGUCUCUUAACUAUCCAAAUAACUACCCAACACACGUGGGCUACUUUUACAUGAUAAAGCUUAAUAACAGAAAGAGGGUUUGUCUAAAUAUCACCGAUUUGGAACUUCGAAAAGAAAACGAUAAUACACCAUGUAAAGAUGACAAUAGAGACUAUAUCAAGAUUUUGGACGGUUUGAAACGGUGGUCAAAGCCUCUUUUAAAAAUCUGCUCGAUGAAAGAUAUUACAGGGACCAUAAUGUCGACCAACAACAAACUCAGUUUGAGGUUCUUCAGCGAUGGCAGCGAGACUUUCAGAGGUUUCAAUGCAACAUAUUGGCCUUGUAAAGAUUCCACGGAAACUCGUAAAACAAACCAGGUCACUGGAGUGGUGAUUGGAACUGGAUGUGGUCUCGUUUUCCUUUGUCUGACGUUCUUAGCUCUAUGCCACUCACGAAGAUGUAGACGACUUUGUUUGCAAAAAGAUGUCGAAAAAUAUUCUGAUCAUGCAGAUGUUUUGGAUGAAGAAGGUCCUCCUGCAUACUGUGAUGUGAUGGCUUCGCUCGACAAGUUCCCAAAGACUACAGAUUCAACAAACAACAGCGAAGAGCUUCCGCCUUAUCCAGGGUUACCGCAGAAUGAUAAUAUGAUACCCAAGACAUCCCAGCAAUCCCUCAAUGACGCUGGGUACAUCUCACAAGAAAUUGAGGAAGACGUCCUUGAAAAAUCUGCUACUGAUGCAACAGAAAGCAGUGGUGAAAAUUCGCAGAAUGCCUCAACGGGACUGCCUGAGAUUUCGGCAAAUGAACAGGAGAUCGAGGUAAGCAUUGAAGAAGCAGAAGAGACUAAUGUCGCUGCCGAUGAUGAAAAGGCCGCCAAGGAAAAGGUUGAAAAUGCCGAGUUUAUCGAUGUCGAUAAAAGCACAUGGGACGUGUCAGAAACGCAAGAUUUUCAACAUCCAAAAUCAAUAAACACUGUUGUUUAAAGAAUAGUAACCUUCAACGGGGGUAAAGUAUAUUCAAUUAAUGGUACUUUACUACGUAAAAUAUUUGUAGGCAUAAAUUUACUAUAAUUAAUAAUAAAGUUCGUCUAAAUUUAACGCAA